AUGCGUCCCGAAGACGAGGCACGGAUGGCUUCAGCCCUCAAGCAUCUCCGUUCGCUUGUCAGCAGACAGGCCGACCCUAGCGUCAUCAUGUUGAACGAGAUGACCGAAGGUGAUCUGACACUGAUCAAGCAGGCGGACUGGGUCCGGCAAGACUACAACAUCACCGACGCCUCCACCGUCCACUGGGCAUCACCAGCUUAUGGCACGACAAUGCUGGUACACCGCAGCCUGCCCAUCAAAUCCGUCUUCCGCGUGCACUACGAGCGGACGGGGAUGCAGCGCGACGCACUCUGCGUCGACAUCGCCCUGCCCCAGGGCCAGACGCUGCGCGUGGCUACCUCGCACCUGGAGUCCCUCAAGAGGGAUCCGCCGCUACGGCCAUCGCAGCUGGCUACAGCGGCUAAGUACUUGCACGAGGAUGGCGUGUAUGCGGGCAUCAUCGGCGGCGAUUUCAACGCCAUCGAGGAUUUCGACAGAACGCUGCAUGUUGGGAAUAAUCUCAAUGAUGCGUAUCUUGAGAGUGGCGGUGUCGAGGACGCCGAGGAGGGCAUGACCUGGGGUCAGAUGGCUGGCCGGAGCCAGCGGCAGCGGUUUGGACUGAGUCGGAUGGACAAGAUUAUGUUCUGCGGGCGGGUUGAGCUGGUAGGGUUUGAGAGGUUCGGGAUGGGCGUACAGGUUGAGGAUGAGGGCGCGGCCCAGCAGCUGUUGGAGGGGACAGACCUCGAGAGACCAUGGGUUACCGAUCACUUGGGCGUCAAGGCUCAGUUUCGCAUCGAGUCACCCGAGACUGUCGGUGAGAACAGAGCCGGGAAGUAA